AUGGCGUCCAAAACUUACAUUGUGGAGCAUCUUGACGACGAACUAGGUCCAUGGUCCGAGCUAGAGUAUCUCACAAUUGCCAGAGAGUCUCACGAAGCAGGUGCAAAGUUCUGCUUGUCUUCAGUUCCCCCAUCUCUCGAGUUACCAGCCACACUGAAAGCUGCACCGGGUUUCACGGCAGAUGGCCAAAGUGUUGAAGUGCUCUACGUACAAGACAAGUCUCGCGUUUGCUUGCUUGAUCCAUCGGCAACAAAGGAGUUGAGUCCGGAAGAUGGCUCGGCAUUUGAUGUAUUUUUAUUUGGUGGUAUUCUAGGGGAUGAUCCACCCAGAGAUAGAACCUCUGAGUUGCGAAAGAAAGGUUUUGCAGGUCGUCGUCUGGGCCCAAAACAGAUGACUACUGAUACUGCAGUAAGAGUAACGAGGAUCAUUGUACAAGAGAAGGUGCCACUCGAAAAGAUAUCUUACGUCGACUACCCGGAACUACGUAUCAACAAAAACGAAAGUACCGAGAUGCCAUUUCGAUAUGUAAAAGGCAGCAACGGAGAGCCAAUAAUGCCAGAGGGCAUGGUUGACUUGAUCAAGAAAGAUUCGGAGAAGGGAUUCGGGGAUUUAUUUUAG